AUGAGCUUUGUCACUCGCCGAGCGCUUUCCACGCUCAUUCCCCCCAAGAUUGCCUCCCCCAAGGCAAUCGGUGCUGCUCCUGACGCUCUGCGUAUGCAGCGUGUCGUCAGCUUCUACGAGAAGCUUCCCCGGGGUGCCGCCCCCGAGAUCAAGGGCAAGGGUCUUCUCGGACGCUACCAGGCCAAGUACUUUGGCAAGAACGCCUCUGCUACACCUAUCGUUCACGCCCUGCUCUUCCUGAUCGGCAUCGGUUACGCUCAAAACUACUACUUCCACCUGCCUUCGAAAAUCAGUCGCUUCCACCUCACCAUCACGACUGCAGAACAUCGCAGCCUUUCCUCUGCCAAUCCCGACGACCAGACAGACCGACUCCUUCCACCGGUACCGACCCGCAUUGCGAGGCCCUGGAAGAGAGGAUUUCGCCCCGAAGCCUCCGCUGCCACGUGCGCCACCUUCGCCUACCUAUUCUUCGAUAUUGCCAGCUCGUUGCACCUCGCGAUCCGUCUCCCCCUCCUCCUCUUCUCCUCCACCCUUGUCGACACCGCGCUGCAGGCUAGCUUCUGA